AUACUCGUCCCGACGCCGCCAUCCUGCCCGCCUCAGCUGCGUAGCUUGUUAGCGAAGCGUCCGUUAAGCGUUUCCUUUUUCUUUGUGGGAGGGAAGCGUCGCGCGCUGCAGCUUGCACCGAUCGCCUGAGGAAGUGGGUGAGGUGUUGCCGCCGCCUUGUGGAUCCCUUGUGACUGAAAGGCCGGUUGAGAUGUGAAGAACUACAGAGUUGACUGUGACCAUAAUCUGCCUGGAAAAUAACUUUAUCAAAAGACCACUCAAUUUAGUAUAAUUGUUGACAGCUCAGUCAGCCCUCUUCAGAGUUCCAAAAGCUUCGAAGAUGCUCUUUCAGGAAGAAAGGCAUUAAGUGGAGCUUCAUCCCAAAGUAAACUGUUAUCCCCUACUGACUGACAACUAGAUCAAGUUGGUGACGAAAACUUCAGUUCCCUACAAAAUGGACUGGGCUGGGAAACAUAAUGGUCCAAAUGAUUCAUCUAGUGAUGGAACAGUACGAUUGCGUGGUCUGCCAUUUGGCUGCAGCAAGGAGGAGAUCGUUCAGUUCUUUCAAGGGUUGGAAAUCGUGCCAAAUGGGAUAACAUUGACGCUGGACUACCAGGGGAGAAGCACAGGGGAGGCCUUCGUGCAGUUUGCUUCAAAGGAGAUAGCAGAAAAAGCUCUGGGGAAACACAAGGAAAGAAUAGGGCACAGAUAUAUUGAGAUCUUCAAAAGUAGUAAAAGUGAAAUCCGAGGAUUCUAUGACCCACCACGAAGAAUGAUGGGACAGCGACCUGGACCAUAUGAUAGACCAAUGGGAGGAAGAGGGGGUUAUUAUGGAGCUGGGCGUGGAAGUAUGUAUGACAGAAUGCGUCGAGGAGGUGGUGGAUAUGACGGUGGAUAUGGUGGCUUUGAUGACUAUGGUGGCUAUAACAAUUAUGGCUAUGGAAAUGAUGGCUAUGAUGACAGAAUGAGAGAUGGGAGAGGAAUGGGAGGCCAUGGCUAUGGAGGAGCAGGAGAUGCAAGUUCAGGCUUUCAUGGUGGUCACUUUGUCCACAUGAGAGGUUUACCAUUUCGAGCAACAGAAAAUGACAUUGCUAACUUUUUCUCACCACUGACUCCUAUAAGAGUUCACAUUGACAUUGGAGCAGAUGGACGAGCAACUGGAGAAGCUGAUGUAGAGUUUGUGACACACGAAGAUGCAGUGGCUGCCAUGUCAAAAGAUAAAAAUCAUAUGCAGCAUCGAUACAUUGAACUGUUCCUGAAUUCAACUGCUGGAGGUGGUUCUGGAAUGGGAGGAUAUGGCAGAGAUGGCAUGGAUCAAGGUGGUUAUGGUUCCGUUGGAAGAAUGGGAAUGGGGAGCAGUUACAGUGGAGGAUAUGGUGCUCCUGAUGGUUUGGGUGGUUAUGGUCGUGGCAGUGGAAAUAGCAGUGGAUACUAUGGACAAGGCAACAUGGGAGGAGGUGGAUGGCGUGGAAUGUAUUGAAGAGUGACCUUUGUGUCCACAAAGCGUGUUGGAAGGAAACAGUACCUGGUCUACUAGGCUUUCUUACAAAACUUAAUUUCUUUUGUAUUGAAAACUUUAUAAUGACUGAAGGAAUGUGUUUUCCCAUUAUUUGGUAAGCAACAGAUUGUGAUGGGGAAAUGUUUUAUGUAGGUUUUAUUUGUUGCAUACUCUGACUUUAAAUAAAUUUUUUAUAUUCAAACCACGGAUGUUGAUACUUUUUAUACUAGCUGCUCCAAAAGGUAUGUUGCAUAUUCCACAACUCUGUUGAUUUGGUUCAUUAAAGCAGUUGUACUGUAGCUUAUUACUGAUAUACCAUUGUGUAAAAUGAAAUAACCACCAACUUGAUAAUGCAUUUGUUAAGAUGUGAAAUGAAAGCAUAGGUAGUUUCUUUCACUUAACCUUAAUAAACUGCUUGUCAGUGAAGACAGAUUCCCAUAGCAGAAUGUCUCAAAGCUGUGCUGGGCAUGAAGGCCAUGAGUUAAAAGUUCUGGAAUGACCUAAUGCACAACUGCUAUUUAAAAAAGCUGGUUAAUGUCUGAACUGUAUGCAUGCCAGAAAUCUCCUAGCCCUUAAAAAGUGUAUGUUAAGUAUUGGUACAAAUCUGUGUAUCAAUCUUCAUACCUGUAUCCUUAGCAAUCAAAUUUUCAGAUAAGUUGUGAAUAAUACUAUUAUGUUGCUAAAAGAAGAUCUAAGUAUCAAACUGUUACUUAAAACAACUUCCACAGGCACUUCAGUAGCUGUUCUAAUUCUUAGAAAUAUAACAUAAAAUUGAGUUAGGAAUGCUGCCUCUAAUUCUGAAGACCCCUGCAUAAGGAUUGCUGAGGGGGACUGACCUGGCAGUCAGACAUUUUCAACAGAUAGAGUAGCAGAUGAUUAGAAUCACACAAAUAUGUGGUCCAUUGCUGUGCAUUUAACAUGUAAGAUGUUUGGAUGAAAUACUGUUUAGGCACUUAAGCAUUCUUUGUGUAUUGAAGAAAAGGUACUAUUCACAUUUUUCAGCACCUUGUCCUCCAAAUUCUUCCCGAUAUGUCAAAUGUGGUGAUCAAUUGCUGAAAAUCUGUUGCCUGUUUUUGCUGGUAAUGUUAUGUAUGUAAUAAAUGUCUUAUUGUGGGAGAUAGAAAAAUAGACUUCAUUCUAGGAA